AUGGUUGAAGACGAAAACGAGAAACUUGGACUUGAAAUUAAUCCCUCCAAAACAAAAAUUAUGAUUAUCGACAGGCAAAACACCAACAAACCUGAUGUAGUCUCCCAUAAGUUGAAUGUUAAUAUAAACGACUGCUUAAGACCAGCAAAAGACAAAAGAGCACCAUUAUCCUCUGCAGGGAUCUACCGUAUACCUUGUUCCUGCGGUAGCGUAUAUAUUGGAACUACCAAACGCUCAGUAGGAACGAGACUUACGGAACACAAGAGAAACUGCAGAUUAGGGCAAACAGAGAAGUCAGCCGUAGCAGAACAUGCUCUAAGAGAUGGUGAUCACAAAAUCCAAUUCGAAGACACCCAAGUCAUUGCCACAACAUCUGGAUAUCAUCCUCGUCUGGUCAGGGAAGCUGUUGAAAUUCACAAACAUCCAAAUAAUUUCAACAGGAAGGAAGAAACUUUCUACCUUAACAGAAUUUGGCAUCCAGCUAUAUCUAGGACCAAAGUAGCAGCACAGAGAAGUAGACCAGUUCCGGAAGAACUACCACCCGAACAAGCCACGCCCCCUCCGCCGACGCAUAAAUACGCGCUACGCCGACGCGGAGGCAUCAGUCUAGUGUGA